UCAGCCUCUGGCGGCCCCAUGACCCUCCUCUGCAAUCCUCGCUUGCGGAACUCGAGCUUUGUAUAGGCAGCUGAGAAGCCCAAAUUACUUCAUUCAGCUUCUGAGAUUGCUCGUGGGGCUGCAAAGGAUGCCUCGGAAGCUUAGACUUGCAGUCUCUCAGUCGCGCACUCUAGCCACACUCAGUGAAACGCUGUCUUCACUUGCGGCGACCACGCGAGAGGCAGCAGCUCGCGGAGUUGACCUCAUUCUUUUUCCGGAAGCUUUCCUUGGUGGCUAUCCGCGGUCUUGUGACUUCGGCGCCACCGUUGGUUCACGAACAGAUCAGGGACGCGAGCAAUUCCUCCAGUAUUUCCGUUCGUGUGUUGACCUUGGCGACACUCCCAAAGGUGCUGGCGAUGAUUGGAUCGAGCGGCGGUUGCCAGUGGCGAAGGGGGAUGACUUCCGCGGGGAUGGCACGCGUGAGUACUUGGAGCGUGUGGCAAAAGAAACCGGAGUGUUUGUAGUGACCGGAUUGGUCGAGAGGAGUGGUGGGAGCUUGUACUGUGCUGUCGUCUAUGUAUGCCCCCGCAUGGGCUGUAUAGGCAAAAGACGCAAGGUCAUGCCCACUGGUAGCGAGCGCCUGGUCUGGGCACAAGGUCACCCCUCAACGCUGCGGGCUGUAACUACGCGCAUCAAAGGUGUGAAGCUCACGAUGGCAGCCGCGAUUUGCUGGGAGAAUAUGAUGCCGUUGCUGCGGUACUCUCUUUACAGCCAAAACGUGAAUCUUUGGUUGGCGCCAACGGCUGACGCUCGUGAUACCUGGCUACCUCUCAUGCGCACCGUAGGCAAUGAGGGAAGGUGCGUCGUUCUCAGUGCGAUUACCUGUGUGCGGCGGAGAAACCUGCCGCCUUGGAUCACGGGUUUUCCAUCGUCCGCAGGCCCGGAAAAGUCUUUUGCCUGUAGAGGAGGCUCGUGCAUCAUUGGCCCGAUGGGUAAUGUGAUCAUGGAGCCGCUCUUGGACGUUGAAGACGGCGGUCUGCUCGUUAGUGACGUCGAUUUCGAUGACUGCGACCGUGGGCGGCUUGAUCUAGACGUUGCUGGCAGCUAUUCCAGGAAUGAUGCGUUCAAGCUUACUGUCGAGGGCUUGGACAUAGAUCCGCCGCCAUGA